GCCGCAUGCACCGUCGGGUCGCUGAAGGAGCGCCUGGAGACCUCGGAGUGGCAUGAAGUUGUCGGAGAUCGUCGCUGUCGCGGUGAUCGGGCUCUUGCUGUGGGUAGUUUGGCGAACGAUGAGGAACAAUCGGGAGGUGAUGGAGAUGGAUCAGCGCUUUCGUUACGACACCGUAUCCGAUAUGAUGAAGACUGACUCACAGUUGGAUGACCUUGAUUUCUGACGACUCGGCUGCCUCUCCCCUCUUCCCUUUCAGUUCAUCUUCAUGCCCCUCUACAGAUCUCCUCCUGUCCUGACACUGCUUCCCGCAUUCUUCUCUCCAUGAAUUUUCCUCUUCAAAGAUCUUGAAGCUUUACUAGAAGCUUGU